GCGCCAAAGCACAGACAGCGGCCACUCUCCGGGAUAAUAACACACCGCAGUGGCCCCUUUAAACUCACUGUACACUUUGUACUCUCAUGCUACACGUCUCCGUACGGACUUUCUCUUGAUUUACAAGGCGGCUUGUUUUUGUUGGGAAUACCUGACGUCGAGACACAGGAGUCGGAAUUGAUGCCGGUUUUCGGGAAAUAGUGUGCGACUUAACGGUCGUGACACGACUUUCUCGUCGGGCACCGUGUGCGGCGGAGUUGGCGCACAGCGUGGACUGGAUUGCCCACACGGUCCGCAGCACCGUUUCUGAGCCUACUACUGUUCUUGCUUCUGGUGACUUUUUAGAACAAGCCGAACAGGACUCGUCUACGCCGGCAUCUUUCAGCUCGAAUAUGCUGCUGUCAAAGUUUGGUUCAUUUUCGCACAUUUGCACUCCCUCGAGUAUGGACCACCUACCAGUGAAGAUCCAGCUCCCGCCCGUCAAAGUGGAGAAGGAGCCUUUCGAGAAGGUUUACCAAGUGGGCUCGGUGCUCGGCAGCGGAGGGUUCGGGACGGUGUACGCCGGCAGCCGGAUUUCUGACGGCGCACCGGUUGCUGUGAAACAUGUCGCGAAGGAGCGAGUAACAGAGUGGGGCACAAUUAACGGAGCUAUGGUGCCGCUGGAAAUCCUGCUGCUGAAGAAGGUCAGCUCGUCUUUUCGGGGAGUUAUAAAGCUGCUGGACUAUUAUGAGCGUGUCGACGGCUGGCUCAUCGUUAUGGAGAGGCCGGAGCUCGUGAAGGACCUGUUCGACUUCAUCACCGAGAAGGGAGCCCUGGACGAAGACACGGCGCGGGGCUUUUUCUGCCAGGUUCUGGAGGCGGUCAGGCACUGCUACAGCUGCGGAGUAGUACACAGAGACAUCAAAGAUGAAAACCUGCUGGUGGACCUACGCACCGGGGAGCUCAAGCUUAUUGAUUUUGGCUCAGGGGCGAUUCUCAAGGACACUGUCUACACUGAUUUCGACGGUACAAGAGUCUACAGCCCGCCAGAGUGGAUCCGCUUCCACAGAUACCACGGCAGGUCGGCAACGGUGUGGUCGCUAGGCGUGCUGCUCUACGACAUGGUGUGCGGAGACAUCCCCUUCGAGCAAGACGAUGAGAUCCUCAAGGGGAGGCUUUACUUCAGGAGAAGGAUCUCAGCUGAGUGCCAGCAGCUGAUCAAAUGGUGUUUGGCCCUGCGGCCCUCUGACCGGCCCACUCUGGAGCAGAUCUGCGACCACCCCUGGAUGAGGAACACGGCGGAGUCGCCCAAGUCACCAGAGGAGCCCGCGGCUGGAGAAAUCCGCCUCAGAACCAUCGACACGGACUCUUCGUCAAGCACAAGCUCGAGCAAGGAAAGCCUCUGAGCGCGGCUCCGAUGGGACUCUGUGGACUUUGUGAAGAAAUAAAGUGUGAAGGGGUGUGAGGGGGAGGGGGGGUGAAAAGAGGGGACAGACACGGACUUCUGCCUACCCUGAACUGUCAGUGGCCAUGUGGUUUACUCAUCUGGCCCAGAGAGAAAACAGGAAAUAAAAAUACUUUUUUUUUUUUUUUUCCUCUUUUGUAGGGAAUUUUUUAUUUAUUUUUGUUGGUUACACUUUAUCUUAUUCGUCCCCAUCCUCCCCCCCUUUUUUAUUUUCCAAUUCAGUUCAUUAUACUUGUUUCCAAAUGGGGAACAUUUUGCUGUUUGGGUGGUCUUACCAGCACUAUUUAUUUCCCCUCCCUUUCUUUAUAUUACUAGGCAGAUAUAUAUAUAUAUAUAUAUAUAUAUAUAUAUAUAUAUAUAUAUAUAUAUAUAUAUAUAUAUAUAUAUGUACAUAUAUAGAGCUGGCAAGGCCCUCCUAUUCAGACUGCUCUCAUAGAGCUUGGAGAAGAGUUUUUAUUUAAAUGUUUUAAUUUUGAUUUUGGAGUGCCUUUUUUUUGGAAAGCUGCUUUUCUUGGGGGGACUAUUUUUUUUUUUGUCAACAACCAACAGUGGGGGUGUGGGUUGUGGCCUGUGGCGUGGUGGUUAGAUUGUCUGUGCUGUGAUGGAAGAGGCUUCAAGAAGUAGAUUUUUUUUUCUUUUAAUUAUAAUUAUUUUAUGUGACGUUUUUGUUUCCUCCCCCCUCUUCUCUUCAUCACUGUAAGCCAACGCCUCCCGA